AAUAAAAUGAAUUAUAGCUAAGAAUCCUUAAAAGUUGUUUCUUGCCUCAUUCUUUCUUUCGAUUCUACCUUUUAUUAAAAAAAUGAAACAUGAAGAAAAAGCAGACAUAUUUUCAACUGAAAUUGUGAGAACUUUCCGUAUAAUAGCAGAACUAUGUAGCAGACUGGAAACUUAAAUGCGUACACAAAAACUGCAAACUUCUUUUGAUACUAUUUUCCAGCAGAUUCGGCUUUUCUCCUAAUCUUACCUAACCUUUUAAUCUCAACCAUUUAUGUACAUCCUAUGGUUACUUCAUAGUAGUUUAUAAAUUUUUUUCCUCUUAAAAGCAAUUAUUUGGGGUGACAAACUCUGAAAUUAAGAAAGGAAAAGAGGUAAAACCGGGCAUAGUGCAGCCAUUGGAACUCUAAAUGAUGAUGCUAUUAGGUUCUCCAUACGAUAGUUAGGUUUCUUCAAUCCCGAUUCAUUCUGUUUUUGCUUACGCUUGGAACAUGGAAAAAUUGUUGUAACUGGAAUCCAAAAGCAAAACGAAUUUGGCAUAGGGUGAAUUCAAGCUCGUUCUUCUUGCAGUAUGUGUUAUUAGAAUCUGGAACGCAUAUCAGAUUCUCAUGUAAGAUUUUGAUAAUUUUAGCUCUUAUUGAUUUCUUUUUAGAAAGGAAAACUUGUAUGUUCUAGAGCAAACCCAUUUGGUCUCGACUCCUGUAGGGUCUUAUCUAUGAAAUAUCAGAACAUCAGGAUUAGAUUCAAAGGAUAGGGGAAAACCAUGAUACAGAAGGCUUACUUUAUGUUCCUUUUCCUUGUAGGUUAGAAGUUAGACAAAGAGCGAGCUGAGAGUUCUUUAACCACAGUGAUUAAGAGCUAUCAGAUUUUAUUUUACCGAUGUUGGCUUGAUCUUAGUGUAAGAAUAGGUAAAGAUUAGGAUAGAGUAGAUAUGGAGAGAAGCCAGAUUCGUUUUUUCACCAUGCGUUGCGCUGGAUGAUUGCAAACAAUAGCAAAGUUUCCAACUUUUGUAAGUUGGAACUAAGAUACAAAACUAUGCACAAGAUUCUUUUCCAAAACUGCUAGGCCAUUUGUGGUUCACUUGAAAAAUGACAAUUGAUACUUGACCCAUCCAUGCAAAUUGCAAAGUCUAGUGGCGUAGAUUUCUUCCACAGCUGAAACUAGAACUAGAUACAAAACUAGUAGUGUGUGUGGUAGAUUGCUUCCGAAACAGGACGGCGAAAGCUGAAAGAGAGUUUUUAUGCCAAAACAAAUUCAUUUAAAUAGAAUGAAUAGACAAGUACUGUUUUGUUGAAAUACUAUCAAUUUGGACCACAUAUCAAUGAAAGAGUUCAUACGUGACAUAUAACAUGUCUGACCAUCUAAAUAAAGACGAUUUCCCUACGAAUCUAUGCCCCACUAAUGUGCAAUAUUCUGCGGUGAGAAAGAGGGUGAAGAAAAAUGUUAGGAUAAUGAUUUAUGUGAGAUCCAUCUUAGCUCUACACUAGUCAACUCUUUUAGUCUAGGAAUUCGAUUAAUGCUUUCUUAGCCAGUAGUCUAUAUAUAUUUAGGCACUCUUUUUAGCCUCACACACACCCUGUUUAAUCAUGUAUAAUGUUUUUGUUUGAUUUAUUCGAUCAAUGGCUAUAAAUAAAGGGUGAAUCACCUUCCUAUAUUUACGUCACAAGAAUUCUUAUAAAUUGGGUUAUGCUCAAGCUGCUAGACUACCGCAGCUUACCCAAACAAAAGUUUCACACAAAACUGAUACCAUGGGGAAUUACAAGUUCAUUUCACCACUUCUCUUCUUCUCAUAUUUGUGCAUGCAUGCCUUUGUUCUUAACUCAUGUCUUAGUUUGGCCCUCGCCGGAUCAAACGAGACAGAUAAACUGGCGUUGCUUGAAUUCAAGGCUAGGAUAACUACAGAUCCUUUUGGAGUCAUGAGUUCGUGGAACGAAACAAUCCACUUUUGCCAAUGGCACGGUGUUACCUGUGGUCACCGCCACAAGAGGAUCACAAUGUUGACGUUGAGGUCCUUGAAGCUUGGAGGCUCUAUAUCGCCACAUGUUGGAAAUUUGAGUUUCCUCAGAGUGUUUAAUCUGAAAAACAACAGCUUCAGCCAUGACAUCCCUCCAGAAAUUGGCCGUCUGCGCAAACUGCAAGUUUUGGCAUUGUAUAAUAAUUCACUGAGUGGGGAAAUUCCCACUAAUUUAUCAGGUUGCUCUGAACUCAACUACAUAUAUAUUGGCGGCAAUUUGUUAGAAGGUAGUGUCCCAAAGGAGCUUGGCACCUUGUCAAAGCUAAAAGAAUUUGUUAUUGACGACAACCACCAUACAGGAAGUAUCCCUUACUCUUUUAGCAACAUAUCAUCUCUUGAAUCGUUUGGUGCCAUUUUCAAUAAUUUAGGUGGCAUAAUUCCAGAUAUCUUUGGUCGACUGACCAAUUUUUAUUUUCUUGGAUUGGAUGGAAAUGUCUUGUCUGGUACGAUCCCUCCCUCAGUUUUCAAUCACUCUUCUCUUGAAACCUUUGCUGUGGGACUUAAUUACAACCUCCAAGGCACUUUUCCUUCAAACUUGGGCAAUUCCUGUCCAAGUCUCCAAACUUUUGCCAUCAGUUAUAACCAGUUUAGUGGAAUUAUACCUGUUUCAAUUUCUAAUGCCUCAAAACUGUUUGAACUAGCAUUACGCGACAACCAACUGCACGGAGAAGUCCCCUCUUUGAAAAACUUACAUAAUCUUGGGCGGUUUACUCUUGGUGAUAACCAUCUUGGAAGUGGGGGAACUGGUGAUGAUUUGAGCUUUCUUUGCGAUCUGACUAAUGCCACCGGUUUACAAUACUUGGAAUUUGAUUCAAACAACUUUGGGGGUACGUUGCCUCAAUGCGUAGCCAACCUAUCUUAUUCACUUGUAUCCUUCUACGUAGCCUAUAGCAGUAUAUUUGGUAAUAUCCCGAAUGCGAUGGAAAAUCUGCAUAACCUGGAAACCAUACGGCUGUCUGGCAACCAGUUUUCAGGUCUCAUCCCCCCUGAUAUAGGAAGGCUUCCCAAAUUAUAUGAAGUAUAUAUGGAAACCAACUCUCUCACUGGGAAUGUUCCAUCAUCUUUUGGAAAUUUAAGUCGACUAGCUCAUCUGCAUCUCGAGGAUAACAACCUUCAGGGCACCAUCCCUUCAACUUUGUCUCAGUGUCCCAAUUUGGUGAACUUAACUCUUGGUGGUAACAAUUUCACUGGUAUCAUAUCCCCAGAAUUAAUUCGUCUGUCUUCUUCAUAUGUUCAUUUGGAUUUAUCUCGAAAUCAUUUGACUGGCUUUCUUCCCACGGAAGUCGGACAAUUGAUAAAUCUAGAGCAUCUUGAUGUUUCUAGAAACCUGUUGUCUGGUGAAAUUCCUCCUAGUCUUGGAAAUUGUAAAACCAUACAGUAUCUUUACUUGCAAGAAAACUUCUUCCAAGGGACAAUUCCAUCAGAUUUGAGCUCACUAAGAGGUAUUGAAACCUUAUCUCUCGCUCGCAACAACUUGUCUGGGACAAUUCCAAAAUUCUUAGAGAAUUUUACAUUUCUGCAAUCCUUGAACCUGUCUUAUAACAAUUUAGAGGGAGCGGUACCUAUCGAAGGAGUUUUUCAGAAUGCAACUGCCACAUCAGUCCAAGGGAAUACAAAGCUCUGUGGGGGCAUACCAGAGCUUCAAUUGCCAAAAUGCGAAUUUCGACAUUCCGGCAAAAGGGGGUUGAGCCUAACCUUGAAACUGGUAAUCUCUCUCCUUUGUGGGCUUUCUGGAGCCUUUUUUUCAUUUUCCGUUUUGUACCUUUGUUGCUUCCGGAGCAAAAAUAAGAAGGAUCCUUCGAGUGAUUCUGAAAAAUUUCGUAUGGUGUCUUACCAAAGUCUUCUUAAAGCUACUGAUGGAUUCUCUUCUGCCAACUUGAUUGGUAUGGGAAGUUUUGGGUCAGUUUAUAAAGGAUUACUUGAUCAAGGUGAAACAACAAUUGCUAUCAAGGUACUCAACCUCGAUCGACACGGAGCUUCCAAAAGUUUCAUUGCUGAGUGUGAGGCUCUGAAAAAUAUUAGACACCGUAACCUUGUGAAGGUACUCUCUGCAUGCUCCGGAUUCGACUAUCGUGGUUCUAAUUUCAAGGCCUUAAUUUACGAGUUCAUGGUGAAUGGGAGCUUAGAGGAAUGGUUGCAUCCAGCUCAGACAAGUAUUGAUACAAAUCAGAGGCCAAGGAGCUUAACUUUUUCGCAGAGGUUGAACAUUGCGAUAGAUGUUGCAAUGGCAUUGGAUUAUCUCCAUCGUCAGUGUCAUGUGCCAAUAGUUCAUUGUGACCUCAAACCCAGCAAUGUUCUUCUCGACAAUGAUAUGAUUGGACAUGUAGGUGACUUUGGGUUGGCAAGAUUCCUUCCAAAAACUCUUGAAGAUGGUUUUGGUAAUCAGUCAAGCUCCACCGGAGUUAAAGGAACAAUCGGUUAUACUCCUCCAGAGUAUGGUAUGGGGCAUGAAGUGUGGCCACAAGGUGACGUGUAUAGUUACGGCAUCCUCCUGCUGGAAAUGUUUACGGGAAAAAGGCCAACCGGCGACAUGUUUCAAGGAUCUUCAAAUCUUCACAACUUUGUCAAGGCAGCACUGCCUGAGCAGGUGUUAGAGAUUGUGGAUCCGGUUCUUAUUCAAGAAAAAGUGGAAGGGGAGAUGAGUGCAAACCAGUGUCGUACUGAGGCUAGCACAACAAUUCGCAUCAAAUUUGAAGAGAGCUUGAUUUCAAUCUUAGAAACUGGUGUUGCAUGCUCCGCAGACUUGCCCAGAGAAAGGUUGGACAUCACUAAUGCUACAGCUGUGAUGUGUCGGAUCAGAAACAAACUUUGAGCAGAUAAAAUGCUGGAUUAGAAUAAGCGCACUGUUAAGUAUUACCAUGUACAUAAUAAUCUUGUUUCCUUAUGUGGACAGUGGAAGUAGAAGUUUCAGAUUUGCCUGAUCAAUAAAAA